AUCAAUAGAAAAGACAUACCUGGUUGCAAAUGUCGCACGGACGUGUGUUUUCAUGACUGUUCUAUUCUUCUGGUUUUAUUUUUACAUUUCUCGUCUUAAAAAAUACAAAGUGCUUUUGGGGACAUGUUGAAAGGUAACUGAAGACCGCAAGGAAAAGCUCCAGUUGUCAUGGCUGAAGGAGAGAAUGAAGUGAGAUGGGAUGGACUGUGCAGUAGAGAUUCAACUACUAGAGAGACAGCACUGGAAAACAUUAGGCAAAUCAUUUUGAGAAAAACUGAGUAUCUUCGUUCGUUGAAAGAGACACCUGGUCGUCCAUCAGACGGGCUUUCAAAUGUUGUUCCUUUGGAUGGGUUGAAUAAGCUUCUUGCUCACCUGCUCAUGCUUUCUAAGAGGUGUCCCUUUAAAGAUGUAAGAGAGAAAAGUGAGUUUAUUCUGAAGAGUGUCCAGGAACUUGGAAUUAGAAUUCCUCGACCACUAGGACACGGACCAAGCAGAUUCAUCCCAGAAAAGGAGAUUCUCCAAGUGGGGAGUGAAGACGCACAGAUGCAUACUUUAUUUGCAGAUUCUUUUGCUGCUUUAGGUCGUUUGGAUAAUAUUACAUUAGUGAUGGUUUUUCACCCACAGUAUUUAGAAAGUUUCCUAAAAACUCAACACUAUCUACUGCAAAUGGAUGGGCCAUUACCCCUACAUUUUCGACACUACAUUGGAAUAAUGGCUGCAGCAAGACAUCAAUGCUCCUACUUAGUGAACCUCCAUGUAAAUGAUUUUCUUCAUGUUGGUGGGGACCCCAAGUGGCUUAAUGGUUUAGAGAAUGCUCCACAAAAGCUACAAAAUUUAGGAGAACUUAACAAAGUGUUAGCCCAUAGACCUUGGCUUAUUACCAAAGAACACAUUGAGGGACUUUUAAAAGCUGAAGAGCAUAGCUGGUCCCUCGCGGAACUGGUACAUGCAGUUGUUCUACUCACACACUAUCAUUCUCUUGCCUCAUUCACAUUUGGCUGUGGAAUCAGUCCUGAAAUUCAUUGCGAUGGUGGCCACACGUUUAGACCUCCUUCUGUUAGUAACUACUGCAUCUGUGACAUUACAAAUGGUAAUCACAGUGUGGAUGAGAUGCCGGUCAACUCAGUAGGAAAUGUUUCGGUAAGUGAUUCCUUCUUUGAGGUAGAAGCCCUCAUGGAAAAGAUGAGGCAGUUACAAGAAUGUCGAGAUGAAGAAGAGGCAAGUCAGGAAGAGAUGGCUUCGCGUUUUGAAAUAGAAAAAAGAGAGAGCAUGUUUGUCUUUUCUUCAGAUGAUGAAGAAGUUACACCAGCAAGAGAUGUUUCUAGGCACUUCGAGGAUACUAGUUACGGCUAUAAGGAUUUCUCUAGACAUGGGAUGCAUGUUCCAACAUUUCGGGUCCAGGACUAUUGCUGGGAAGACCAUGGUUAUUCUUUGGUAAAUCGCCUUUAUCCAGAUGUGGGACAAUUGAUUGAUGAGAAAUUUCACAUUGCUUACAAUCUUACUUAUAAUACAAUGGCAACGCACAAAGAUGUUGAUACCUCAAUGCUAAGACGUGCUAUUUGGAACUAUAUUCACUGCAUGUUUGGAAUAAGAUACGAUGACUAUGACUAUGGUGAAAUUAACCAGCUAUUGGAUCGUAGCUUUAAAGUUUAUAUCAAAACUGUUGUGUGCACUCCUGAAAAGGUUACCAAAAGAAUGUACGAUAGCUUCUGGAGGCAGUUCAAGCACUCUGAGAAGGUUCAUGUUAAUCUGCUUCUUAUAGAAGCCAGAAUGCAAGCAGAACUCCUUUAUGCUCUGAGAGCCAUUACCCGCUAUAUGACCUGAUGCCUUUCCUCCACGAAGGAUGAUGGAAUGAUCAGCAGAUGUAGUCUACAAGGGGAAGGUACUAGCCCCAGGACCAAUGGUAGAUAAAAGAAUUCAGAAAUCCAUUGUGCCAUGAUUCCCUUAGUUUCUGCUAUUUUACUGUGGAAAUGCCGCUGCUGGCACGAGCAGUUGGAUGCUUGGCAGCUUGAAGUUUAGAACUGUGAAGAAGGGCUGCCAUUCACAGUAUUUUGCUUUUUGACAGUACAAGAUGCUGUAUAGCUGUUUUAAUACAGCAAAUAGUAACUCUCCAAAUCCUGUUGCUUUCAUGUUAAAUAAGAUAACAAGAAUUGGAGCAUGCAAAGAAUGGGACUUGGAUAAUGGUGUAAGCUUUUCAUAAGUAAAGAAAUUUAGGUCUUGGUGCUGCUAUUCCUGCUGGUGGAAUGAACAGAGUGGCUGUUCCAGUGAAGCUAUUAGUAAUAAAAGUGAACACUGCUACUAUCUGAGCCUACAUAAUUUGUGUGGUUUCAAAUUAAACCUGCAUAUGUGUUAACUUCUUGCAUCUAAAAAGCAUAGAAUUAUAUAGCUCAGCAAAGACUUUUUUUUUUAGUUCAGUUAUUGGAUGACAUUAAAUUACAGUGGCAUUCUUAUAAAUAGGAAAAGCUGUCUUUUGAUAUGCUCUUCCCCAAGAUUCUCCGACACUGGAGGGCAUCUGUCUUUGUGCAGUAUUUUUUUUUUCCAGCACCAAGGUUGUGGGAAAUGUUGCUGUAGACCGCUGCGCAGCCCCAGGCGCAUCCCUGUUCCUGCCCACCUUACAGUCCCUACCUUAAAGGUUGUGCAGCUCCUUAAGUAAUAAAAAGCUGGAAAAUAUUUUUAGUCAGGUUAUCAAUUUGAUUUAUAAAAAUGCUAACUUUGAAAUGCAAACAGGUUUGAAAAAAUGUAUUAAGUACUUUGUAUUCUGGAAGCGUGAAUUGCUUUUGAACUGUCAGUAUUAUUGGUAUUUUUCAAUAAAGAAUAA